CCAUAAACAAACACGCCACACCAACUGCCAGUUUUGUCUGUCAAAGGAAAAUAAGACAUCAACGGCAUCACUCCAUGCAGCUUUGAAGAAUAUGCGACAGAAGCCCCAGGCCCUGGUUCAGAGAUGUUUCCAACAGCUCUUCUUACUCGAAAGCGUCGGCGGCCUGAAGUUGCCUUCGCUGGGGGUCACGAGGAGGUGAAGUUCAGGGAUGUGACUCUGUACCUGGUGGAGAGGAGGAUGGGAAAAAGCAGGAGGAAUUUUCUGUCUAAUCUCGCCAGAUCAAAGGGCUUCUGCGUAGACGAUGCUCUCAGUGCUGAUGUGACGCACGUCGUGUCGGAGGGGAACGCGGCGCAGGAGCUCUGGAGCUGGCUGGAGGAGCAGGGCUUCAGAGAGACUCAUGACAAACACGUGUUGCACAUCAGCUGGUUUACUGAGAGCAUGAGCGCCGGCCGGCCCGUGCCUGUGGAAAUCAGACAUUACAUACAAAAUCCCACUAUGGAUCAGAGGUCGUGUGCACAUCCGUCAGCCAAACCUGAGUCUGCUGUGUCUCCGUACGCCUGCCAGAGACGAACGACAAUAGAUAACCAUAAUAAGAUCUUUACAGAUGCGUUGGAUGUAGUGGCGGAGAACCUGGAGUUCAGUGGGAAUCAGGGGUCGAGCCUGGCGUUCAAAAGGGCCGCGUCUGUGCUCAAGAGCCUCCCCGCUGGCCUGACACGCCUGGAGGAGACGCAGUGCCUGCCCUGCCUGGGAGAACAUAGCAGGGCCAUCAUCGAGGAGAUCUUUGAAUGCGGCUCUUCCUCCAGAGUUGAGGAGAUACUGAAUGAUGAGAGGUAUCGGACUAUGAAGUUGUUCAGCAGUGUUUUCGGGGUCGGACCCAAAACGGCAGAGAACUGGUUCUGUAGAGGACUGCGGACGUUUGAACAGGUCCUGAGCGAACCCAGCAUCAGACUGAACCGCAUGCAGACCGCAGGAUUCUUGUUUUAUGAGGACAUCAGUAAGCCGGUGAGCAGGACAGAGGCCAGCGCUCUGAAGAUUAUAGUGGAGGAAGCUGUUAUCUGUGUCAACCCAUCCGCCACCGUCAAUAUUACAGGAGGAUUCCGCAGGGGGAAGGAGUUCGGGCACGAUGUGGACUUCAUCAUUAAAACACCUGAGGCCGGACAGGAGGACGUGAUUCUGCCCGCGGUGAUCGAGCGAUUCAAAAGCCAGAACAUCCUGCUGUACUCAGACCUCCAGGAGUCGACCUUUGACCUGCGGCAGCUGCCGACUCGCUGCUUCGAGGCCAUGGAUCAUUUCAGCAAGUGUUUCCUGAUCGUGAAGCUGAAGCGCGAGCAGGAGACGGACGCGACAGCGGGACGUGACUGGAGAGCCGUGCGUGUGGAUCUGGUGGCUCCGCCGCUGGAGCGCUUCACUUACGCACUGCUGGGAUGGUCGGGAUCCACGCUGUUUGAAAGAGACCUGAGACGAUUCGCCAGACUGGAGCGAGGAAAACUGCUGGACAACCACGUGCUUUACGACAAAGCAACGAAUACCUUCUUGCCUGCUAACACGGAAGAGGACAUCUUUGCCCACUUGGGUUUAGAGUAUAUUGAACCUUGGCAACGAAAUGCCUAGUUUCAGUCUCUGCUCUGUGAAGCCUGCUGAUGUUCUGGACAGAUUCAACACCCUCGACAUGACGCUGAUGCUGAUUCACACUGAAAUAUCCGCAGUCUGAUCUCUCCAGCCAGCGUGAGCAUUAUUGAUAGUUCAUGGAGUUCUGUUUUGUUUUUCAAAUACACAUACAGUCACACCCAAAAGUAUUUGGACACUUUAAAAUGUCUAAAUGUCCAUGCAGUAGAUAAUUAUUUGAAGCAAAAAUGCACAAGCAGACUUUUCAAGCAAAGCAUUAAAGGGUGUAAUUUGUGUAGUGCAAAAAUAAUGAUUGUUUCCAAAAAAAAAAAAAAGUUUUUGAAAGAAGUCUCUUCUAUUCACCAAGGCUGCAUUUAUUUGAUCAAAAAUACAGUAAAAAAUGUGAGAUAUUAUUAUAAUUUAAAAUAGCUGUUUUCGAUGUGAAUAUAUUGUAAAAUGUAAUUUAUUUCUGUGACCAAAGCUGUAUUUUCAGCAUCAUUACUCCAGUCUUCAGAGUCACAUGAUCUUCAGAAAUCAUUCUAAUAUGCUGAUUUUCUGCUCAAGAAACAUUUCUGAUUAUUAUCAAUGUUGAACACAGUUAUUUUACUGCCCAACAUUUUUGUGGAAACCAUGAUACAUUUUAUUUUUCAGGAUUCACAGAUGAAUAGUUCAAAAGAACAGCAUUUAUUUGAAAUAUAAAUCUUUUGGUACAUUAUAAAUGUCGUUACUGUCACUUUUGAUCAAUUUAAUGCAUCCUUGCUGAAUAAAAGUGACUGAACCCCAACUUUUGAACCUUAGUGUAUGUCCAAUUAUAAAAUGUAAAAUGGUUGCAAAAUUAAUGUUAAGCUGUUGUUUGUUUUAAUGUUAAGAUGUUUUUUUUUUAUUAAUUUGAUUAAGUGAUUAUUAUUCAACUUUUCCUUCUCUCAGUUUCUCAGACAUUGGUUUAGUUAGAGUUACAUGAUGUUACUUCAGAACAGCUUUUUUUUUUUUUUUUAAAUAGACGCUUUUAACAUUAGUGAAUGUUAACAAAUGUUCUUCUAGUAACGUUAAUUGAACAUUUGUUUAAAGUUAUCUGGUCUCUAAAUGUUAGUGCAAAAACAUUAUUAAUACAUCGUUUAUGGAACGUUUUUAAAAAAACAUUUUCAUUGGAUGUUCAUUUAACGUUUUACAAACGUUACUACUUCGUAGUUUCACAUGGUUUAGAGAACAUUCAAAAGUAACGUUCUCAUAACGUUUGCAAAAUAAUAAAAUGUAACGUUCCCUUAAUGUUGUCUUUAGCAUUCACAACCAAGAAAAAAAGCUUUUUAACAUUAAAAAUACGUACGUUUAAAAAAAAUGUUAUUAUAGUGUCAAAUGGUUGAGAAAACAUUCAAAAGUUACAUUCCCGUAAUGUUUGUAAAAUAACAAAAUGAAACGUUAGCUUAAUGUUCUUUUUUUUUUUGUUCAUAUAAUCAAGAAAUAAAAGUUUUUUUAAGCAUUUAAAAACAUUCAGAAAAUAUCAUAAAUAAUGUUUCAACAGGAACGUUAACCAAACGUUCUUAUAACAUAUUCAUAUACAUGUUGUGAUAUUUAAACACUCUUUCCGUGUUUGUUCAAACACUGUGAGAUUUUAUCCCAUGCAAACCUCUUCAUGCUGUUUGUUUGUGACUCGAGUGCAACCCGUGAUGUCUUGAGGAAGAUCACAAGGUCUGGAUCUUCCUAUUUAAGGAUCUUUAAGUAGAACAGCUCAGGCGUUUCCAGGACUCGACCCGAGGGCCUCUCUUUCUCUCUUUUUUUAUCCCUGACCCCUUCCGAAACGCCAAAGCAGAAGCGCACUGAACCGGACUGAACCGGCUCCAGCAUUCAAACUGGGUUAGCUACUGUUGUGUUGGCGUUAAAUUACUUUACAUUGAAUUUUACGGCCCACAGCAACACCACAAUUCCCAUCAGGCUCUGCUGUGCUGCACUUUCUAUGAGUAAUCUUCAGUAACAAAAGCUUUAUUAAAUUCUGACUUUGCUAAUUCCAACAAUAGCUGUGAUCCAAAGCCUAGUGAGACACACUUUAAAAUCUAAAUUCACUCUACUGUUCAUAAUAUAUCUCUGGUCCUAUUGUGCGAGUCCAAAGAAGACGUUUUAUGCGACUUCUCACCAUCGUCAAAUCAUUAACUAAUUUUAAGUUUACUUUCUGACCAUGUAACAAAUUAAAGUAAAAAAAAAACAAAAAACAGAAGUGUUUCUGAAACGUUGAAAUGUUGAGUUUUGAUGUCGUGAUUGGAAUGUUAUUUAAUGGUUACAAAAAUGUUUCAUACAACAUUCUACGAAUUAUUUUCACCCAAAAUAUGCUAUUUGAAUGUUUUUUCCCCAUAUUCUAUGAAAUUUAAAAUAUGUCCAGUUUUCUUGUUAUAAUUGAAGUUAUUUAAAUGUUACAAAAACAUUAACUAAAUAUAACUUUAUUUGAAUGAUUUUUAAUAUUUUAAGAAUGUUAAAAUGUCCACGUGAUUAUUACAUUACUAUUCUACUAAUGUUAUUUGCACCCAAAAUAGAACUUUUUUGAAAGUUUAUUCUAAGAAUGUUUAAAUGUCCAGUUUUUGUACUUAGAAAGUUUUAGGCCUAAAGGGUACAAAAACAUUAACUUUAUUUUUUAGAUAAAAAAACAAACAAAAACUAAGCAAGUUAAA